AUGGCGGGAGCUGGGCCGACCAUGCUGCUUCGAGAGGAGAAUGGCUGUUGCAGCCGGCGUCAAAGCAGUUCCAGCGCUGGGGACUCGGACGGAGAGCGCGAGGACUCGCCGGCUGCGCGCGCCCGGCAGCAGCUGCAGGCGCUGCUCAACAAGACCAUGCGCAUUCGUAUGUCAGAUGGACGGACGCUGGUCGGCUGCUUCCUCUGCACCGACCGCGACUGCAAUGUUAUCCUAGGCUCGGCGCAGGAGUUCCUCAAGCCGUCGGAUUCCUUCUCUGCUGGGGAACCCCGUGUGCUGGGCUUGGCCAUGGUACCCGGACACCACAUCGUUUCCAUUGAGGUGCAAAGAGAGAGCCUGGCGGGGCCUCCCUAUCUCUAA